CGCAGCCUUUUCACUUCAGAGCAAGACACAUCUGUUGAAUGUGUCUCGCCCUGCGGAGGAAGAGAUCAUUUCAGCUGCGGACACUGAAAAAAACAAGGAACAGGGUGGGAAGGACCCAGUGUGCAUCACUCAGCUACUGACAGUUAUGGCGACCAUUGUGAUGGAGAGAAUUGGGCGAGUGUUCAUCAGCCUGCAGCAGAUCAGGGAGCUUCCUCGGAUGCUGACUGAUGCUGCACCCUCCAUGCCCGGCACCGUAAGAGACACCGAGGUUCCCUACUACUUCAGGGAGCGCUACGUCUGCACCGGCUACCGGCCACUCUACCAAAACUGGCGCUAUUACUUCCUGUCUUUAUUCCAGCGCCACAAUGAGACAAUCAACAUCUGGACUCACCUGCUGGCAUUUUUAGUUAUUCUGGUUAGAUUACGGCAACUCGCUGAGACUGUGGACUUUGUUGGUGAUCCUCAUUCAUGGCCCCUGUUGAUCCUCAUCCUGUCCUCCUUGACCUACUCGGCAUUCAGCGCAGCAGCUCACCUACUGGGUGGAAAGUCUGAGCUGUGUCAUUACAUCUUCUUCUUUCUGGACUAUGUUGGGGUAGCCCAGUAUCAGUACGGCAGUGCUAUAGUUCACUUUUACUAUGCUGUGGAUGAGAGCUUGCACAGACACGUGCAUGGGAUCUUCAUGCCCGCUGCCACUGUCCUCAGCUGUCUGUCAUGCCUCGGAUGCUGCUACGGCAAGUACUUCAACCACAGCUUACCGACGUGGGUGCGUAAGGUGUGCCAGGUGGUGCCCUCAGCGCUUGCCUAUACCUGGGACAGCAGUCCUGUGGCUAUAAGACUCAUGUCAUGGUCUCCAGCCAGCAAUGACCCAGCCAUUAGCUAUCACUUUGGCCAGGUGGCUUUCUUUCUCAGCUGCAGCUUCUUCUUUACCUUCCCUCUGCUAGAGCGCUGCUUCCCUGGGCGGUGCGAUUUUGUGGGACAGAGUCAUCAGAUCUUCCAUGUACUCUUAUCUUGCUGCACCCUGUGUCAGAUCCAUGCCUCUCACCUCGACUACGUGGGCCGUAGGAAGCUGUACUCGCGUCUGCAUAAGAGCGGUGAGGCUGCUCUCUUUGUGGGAUUGUACGUGGUCACUUUGGUCGGAUGUGCGCUAGUUGUUGCCUUCAUGCUGAAGAAAGCUAAACAAGUGCUUGAUUUCAAAGCCAAGUCCAAAUAAUAUAUUAGAUGUUGUAGGAACUAUAUAAAAAAACAUUAAUGUGCCUUUCCUUUUAGACUUACAGCUUUGAUAGAAAGGGAACUAAUUAUACUUUUCAUAGAACUUUUUCAUAACUCUGGCAGUAUAACGUAAGGAUACAUAAUGAUAUUAGGAGUUAGUAUUUUGGUACUGAUUUGUAAUAUAAUUUGUGGAAUCAUUCCCAGUAUUUUUCAUGUAUCAGCAGAGGCUGGUGUUUUUUAAGUAAUCAAAAUCAGAUUCAUAACAACCUGCAUAUCACUGCCUGCAGUAUAUGGCCAUUUAGAAAAUCACUGCUGUAACCGAUAAAAAUAUGCAUGCAGAGGGAUUUGUUCAAUUAUCUAGUUAUAGUAUGUUUUUCUUUUUAUACUGAGAUACUGUGAUAUGUGGAAUAGCAUCUAAAAUGUGCAAAUAUUAGGGCUGUAACGAUACACCAAACCCACGAUUCAGUUUGUAUCACGAUUUUUGACCUACGAUUCGAUACACACCUCGAUUCUUUUGGGGGGGGAUGGGGGUGUUCGGAGGAGAGUUAUACUCAGUAAACGUAAUACAACUUUUUUUUUGCCACGUGGCAUCGUUUUGUAAUUGAUUACAUGCCACUUUGCAACACAGUAAUACAACAGAGACCUUAUUUAUUGAUAUUGAAUGAUUUCAAUAUCGAUCGAUCCAACACCAAAGAUUCUUUUGUACCUUAAAAUAAUAUUUCCAAAAAUGAGACAUAAGAGUAAUGGUAAUGGUUACGGUAAUGGACAAUUCCGCUUCCAACCUGUAGGGGGACCGAAGAGGAAAAGUGCUUUGGUGCCUACUAUAAAGGUAUGCUUGGUCUAUAACGGUCUAUAAAUUCUUGGUGGGUAACAUAAGAUUACGCCACCGUUCAACACGCUCAGUUAUUUUUAAUAUGAUUGUUUUGACCACGGUUAACAACUCUGGGCUAACCCACAAAUUCAUCAGUAACGUUAACUGUAUAGAUAGACAACUAAUCUAAUGGUAAUUUAGCCAGCUAGCACACCCAUGUCUGUCUGCCUCACUCACUGCAAGGCUUCAGGGUGUGUCGCAAUUCUGCCUUCUCACACCGCGACACAGGUUCGUGGAUCUGAGUGUCGCGAUUUCGGUUUCAUAUCGCUUUUCGUUACAGCCCAAUGUUUUGUUAUCAUGCUAUGGGUCAUAUUUUACCAAAACUAAUGGAUUUUUAAUUCAGAAAUGGUUAAAAGUUGAUACUCUGAUCACUGCUUGUGGCAACAUUUUUCCUAC